AUGGCGGGCGCUUGGUCACCAGGAGGGAAGAUGAACUUCUAUGGGGAUUACACUGAGCGAUUCAAGAGAUGGUUUGCGCGGACUGGGACGGACGCGUCGUUGGACUUGAGCCUGGAUCUCCACGCAGGGGAGGCUGAUCCCAUGAACCUGGCGGAAUGGAUCCACGAUCUCAGAACCAGGUGGAGGGUUUUGGAAAUCAAACACCCGUUCAACUUUGACUACCCCGAUGUUUCCAACCGAAGCAUUGGCCAAUGGAGCCAGCUUUCCUCCUUGACCUUUCCUUUCAAAAAUUUCAGAAACUCGUCCCGACUCCCACCUGCCCACUACAAGAUCUACCCCCUUCUCAGCCAGAUGCCGGUACUCCGUUCUUUGGACCUCGAUUUGACACAUUUGGAUGCUGGAGAAGAGCUCGCUUUUUUGUCUCCGGUCGCCGUCCAGCGUCAGCGCAGUAACCGAGUUGAUAUCGGCGUUCCCUGUCUCACUCGGCUCUCCCUCUUUUCGGACGACUACAUCCCACAGCGGUGGUGGCACGACGCUUCAAGGGUCAAGCUACCAGCCCUUCUCGUUCUCAGCCUGCAAUACACAUCCGGCUUGUUGUGUUUUCUGGGCGCGCUGGAGUCUCCCGUGCUCGAAGAGCUGAAUAUCGCAGUCCUAUCCUCUGACAGUUACGAGGAAUACAGAGAAGUCCAGAUUGUGGUCGGAUUUUUGGAUAGAGUUGGGCAGCUACGACGCCUUCCUUUCAAGGGCUCGGAUGACCGCGUUGUUGAUUCUGUUUUCAAAGUGAUUCCGCGCGAGGGCGCUGGAUAUGUUGUGACUGUAUAG